CAACGACUUAUAGGAAAAGCUCCUCGCUGUGCCACCAAUCAGACCGUCUCGGCCGAGUGCUCUCGUCUCAUCGCCUCAAUUGGACCAAACACCGCCAUCAUGAAGGCCGAGGAGCUCCAGACCCUCCCCACCGCCCUGGCCGGCGACUUCAAGUCGAUCGAGCCUCACCUCCGCGCCCUCGACAAGCACCUGACGCUGCGCACCUUUGUUGAGGGGUACUCGCUGGGAGAGACCGAGACCAAGAUCUGGCAGACCCUGAAGCUGAACAAGGUUGCUAUGGGCUUCAUUCGCAAGGGAACUAUGGCCAACCUUACUCGUUGGUUCACCUUUGUCGAAGUCACCUACCCCGAGAUCCAAGCCGAGACGAACGCUGUCGAUGCUGAGCGCAAGGCCAAGGUCGUUGCCGCUAGCAAGAAGGGUGCCAGCUACUCUCUUGCUCUUCAGAACGCCGAGGCCGGAGUUGUCACCAGAUUCCUUCCCGAGCCUUCAGGAUACCUUCACAUCGGUCACGCCAAGGCCGCCCUUCUCAGCGAUUACUUCGCCCACGAGGCCUACAAGGGCAAGCUUCUGCUGCGUCUUGACGACACCAACCCCGCCAAGGAGAGUGAGGAGUUCCAGGAUGCUAUUGUUGAGGACCUGAAGAUGAUGGGCAUCACCCCCGACUCCCUUUCCUACACUUCCGACUACUUCGACUACCUGUACGAGACUUGCAUUCGCCUGAUCAAGGAGGGUCACGCCUACGCCGACGACACCGAGCAGGAGACGAUGCGAAACGAGCGAACCGAUGGAAUCGAGUCCAAGUGCCGUAACCGCUCCGUCGAGGAGAACCUGCGCAUCUUCGAGGCCAUGAAAGAGGGUACCCCCGAGGGCCUGAAUAACUGCAUCCGUGCCAAGAUCUCCGUCGACAACGUCAACAAGGCCCUGAGAGAUCCCGUCAUCUACCGCUGCAACGUUGAGAACAAGCACCACCGCACCGGUGACAAGUGGAAGAUCUACCCCAUGUACGAUCUCGCCUGCCCCGUCGUCGACUCUCACGAGGGCGUCACCCACGCCCUGAGAUCGACCGAAUACACUGACCGUAACCCCCUUUACCAAUGGUUCAUCGACACCCUGAAGCUGCGCCAGGUCUACAUGCACGACUUCAGCCGUAUCAACCUCGUCCGCACCUUCCUUUCCAAGAGAAAGCUCGCCAAGAUCGUCGCUCAGGGCACCGUCUGGGGCUGGGACGACCCUCGUAUGCCCACCAUCCGUGGUGUGCGCAGACGCGGUAUGACCAUCCCCGCCCUCCGCGAGUUCAUCAUCAAGCAGGGCCCUUCCCGAAACGUCGUCAACAUGGACUGGGCGUCGUUCUGGAACAUCAACAAGAAGGUCAUUGACCCCAUCGCCCCCCGCCACACCGCCAUCCUGGAGAAGGAUGCCGUCAAGGUCAAGGUCACCGGUGCCGACGCUCCCGCCACUCCUCGCACCGAGGACAAGCCUAAGCACCCCAAGAACCCCGAUGUCGGCACCAAGAAGGUUGUCUUCUCCAACGAGCUCAUCCUCGACCAGGCCGACGUCAAGAGCUUCAAGAAGGACGAGGAGUUCACCCUCAUGGGCUGGGGCAACGCCUUCGCCCGCGAGAUUGGCGCCACCGACCCCAUUACCGACCUCAGCGUCGAGCUCAACCUCAAGGGCGACUUCAAGACGACCGAGAAGAAGGUCACGUGGCUGUCGACGGCCGGCACCAAGCUCGUCAAGGCUGAGCUCUGGGACUUUGACUAUCUCAUCAACAAGGACAAGCUCGAGGAGGACGACGUGCUUGAGAAGGUGCUCAACCCCAACACGUCGACCAUGGAGACGGCGCUGUGCGAUGCUGGUGUCGGUGAGCUGAAGAAGGACGACAUUAUCCAGCUCGAGAGACGGGGCUUCUACCGCGUGGACAAGGGUCUGGAUGAGGGUGACGUAGUUGUUCUGUUCAACAUUCCCACUGGCAAGGCCAAAUAA